AUGGCGGCCGCUAGGAUCGCGGGCGCCGCUACGCUUCUGUCCGUCAUCCUGCCGGCUUUAUGUGCCGCCUUCAGCAGAAAAUUGUCCGUGGAGUUGAACCCGGGCUCGUCGAGCCGCCCGCCGGGGGGUGACCUGUUGCACAUCAGGGCGCUGGGCGACAACGACACGCUGCACUUCCUCUUCUGCAGCCGGGGGGCGCCCACGCUCCUCUUGGUCCACACCAACCUCACGUCCUCUUACGUCAAGGUGAACUGGACGCUCUUCUUGAGCGCCAACAGCAGCGGCGGCUUGCGGGUGGAGCCGGAGAGCGGCGUGACGGGCAGCGUGGCGUUGGUCUUCACCAGGCUGUUGGAAUACCGAGACCUCAACCAAACCGGGGAAGCGGCCUUCGACGCCUUCCCGCCCUACCGGCUGGACGAGGUCGCGUGGUCCCCGAUGACGCCGUCGGGGGCCGCGGCUCGACUGUGCGGCGCCUUGGCCGGCGGUUCCGUUUGUCUGGACCUGUCGGCGUUCGAGUCGGAGGGGCGCGCCGCGCUCUGGCCCCGCCUCCUCCAUACGGCCAAUUCCUCACAGCUGGCGCUGCGGCUGGACGGUCUGGCGGCCAGGUCGGCCGGCUCGCGCUUCCUGUUGGAGCUCCGGACGCUGAGCGGAGCCGCUCCCCUGGACGCCGUUCACAUUCGCCGCUCCAUAGACGACGAGUUCACGCCGUCCAUCUUUAAGGCGUCGGAGUGGACGUCGGGCUCCGACGAGAGCCCGGCCGAGGGGCGCGGCUUCGUCUUUUGGAAGCGGGUGGCUUAUCGGCGAGCGGCGCCCACGCCGGAGGACGCCGUGCCGUGCCGCCACUCGGAACCGCGGCCCGGGAGCGGACGGGGCUCGGCGGAGGUCAGCGGCCUGGCGCGGGCUUUCUUCGGCGCCGACCGCGGCGACUCCGGGCUCAACUUGAGCUUCGGCCUGGCGGGCGAGCCCUUCUACAACGCUACGGCCUUCCUCAGCUGGACCGUCGCGGUGGGCGUGGGCCGACCCCCCGCCGACGCCUUCUCCCCGCUGGUGGCGGCCGUCAUGGCGGCGGGUUUGGGCGCGCCACUGCUCAUCCUGCUGACGGGCGGCGUCUACGUGGCCGCGCGCAAGAGGUCGGCGUCUCCGCCCGGCUACCGGCCCGUCAACUGA